GGUUCCACCUCAGCGGGACAGUAACGGAGCCAGCGACUGCAACAGAACCAGAGAUGACCUACAAGGUGGCCAUCAGCUUCGACCGCUGCAAAAUCACCUCAGUGACGUGUGGCUGCGGGAACAAGGACAUUUUUUACUGCGCUCAUGUCGUGGCGCUUUCACUGUACAGGAUCCGCAAGCCGGACCAGGUCAAACUCCGUCUUCCCAUCUCAGAGACCCUUUUCCAGAUGAACAGGGACCAGCUCCAGAAGUUUGUUCAGUAUUUGAUCACAGCACACCACACUGAGGUGCUGCCCACCGCCCAGAAGUUGGCUGAUGAGAUCCUGUCAUCCAACUCAGAGAUCAACCAAGUGCACGGUGCUCCUGAUCCCACUGCUGGGGCCAGCAUCGAUGAUGAGAACUGCUGGCACUUGGAUGAGGAGCAGGUCCGAGAGCAGGUGAAGCUGUUCCUAUCUCAGGGAGGGUACUAUGGCUCGGGAAAGCAGCUCAACUCCAUGUUUGCCAAGGUCCGGGAGAUGCUACGCAUGAGGGACUCCAAUGGAGCCAGGAUGCUGACAUUGAUUACGGAGCAGUUCAUGGCUGAUCCUCGACUCUCCCUCUGGAGGCAGCAGGGGACGGGCAUAACAGAGAAGUGCCGGCAGCUCUGGGAUGAACUGGGGGCGCUGUGGGUGUGUGUGGUAUUAAACCCACACUGCAAGCUGGAAGAGAAAUCCUGCUGGCUCCGGCAGCUGCGCAAGUGGGGCGAGAUGGACGUCUGUCCCCUGGAAGAUGGCAAUUACGGUAACGAGCUUCCCAACAUCACUAACGCGCUUACGCAGAGCUCCGGUCACAGCCAAGACUCACUGGCCAGGCCCAGACGAACCGUGUUCACCCGGGCGAUCGAGGGCUGUGACCUGCACUGGCAGGACAGCCACCUGCAGCGCAUCAUUAGCAGUGACUUCUAUGUGUCCCCUGCCUACCAGCGGGAGGGUGAGAGCCUCCUCUUCAACUCCCAGGGACAGCCACUGUGGCUAGAACAUGUCCCCACAGCCUGUGCUCGGGUGGAUGCCCUGCGCUCCCACGGCUAUCCCAGAGAAGCUCUCCGACUAACUGUUGCCAUAAUCAACACCCUGCGACUGCAGCAGCAAAGGCAGCUGGAAAUAUAUAAGCAUCAGAAGAAAGAGCUGCUGCAGCGAGGAGCAACAACCAUCACCAACCUGGAGGGCUGGGUAGGCCACCCUCUGAACCCCAUCGGCUGCCUCUUUCUCACCCUGACCGAAGCUUGUAGACUAGAAGAGGAAAAUUGCCUUGAAAUUUCAGACGCUGGGGACUCCAAACCCCCAGUGUAUCAACACGUGCCCGUCACGACUGGCAGCCAAGACAGUGGCGAGUCUUACCUGUCCCUGGCCUUAGAGGUGGCCUUGAUGGGGAUGGGUCAGCAGAGAGUGAUGCCUGAAGGUCUCUACGCCCAGGACAAGGUCUGCCGUAAUGAGGAGCAGAUCAUUGCUCGGCUGCAGGACCUGGAGCUGGAUCCAGUGCUGGUGCAGACCCUGCGGAAGCAGUGCAUUUUGCUGCUGGAAGGUGGUCCCUUCAGCGGCUUGGGAGAAGUCAUCCAUCGUGAGAGUGUCCCCAUGCACACCUUUGCCAAAUACCUGUUCUCUGCCCUGCUGCCCCAUGAUGCAGACCUGGCAUACAAGCUGGCUUUGCGGGCCAUGAGGUUGCCUGUCCUGGAGACCACAGCACCGUCUGGCGACGUGACUCACCCCCAUCACCUGGUCUCAGUGGUCCCCAGCAGGUACCCACGCUGGUUCACCCUGGGGCACCUGGAGUCACAGCAGUGUGAGCUGGCCUCCACCAUGCUCACGGCAGCCAAAGGGGACAUGCUGCGCCUACGCACAGUGCUGGAGGCCAUCCAGAAGAACAUCCACUCCUCCUCCUUGAUCUUCAAGCUGGCUCAGGAUGCAUUCAAGAUCGCCACACCAGCUGACAGCAACUCAGACACAACACUGCUCAAUGUGGCACUGGAACUGGGGCUCCAGGUGAUGCGCAUGACCCUGUCCACCCUCAACUGGCGGCGGCGGGAGAUGGUGAGGUGGCUGGUGACGUGUGCGACCGAAGUCGGGGAGUGGGUGAGGGCCCUGGUGAGCAUCCUGCAGAGCUGGUAAAAACCCGGCAUUGGGCCAGCCACAGUGAUGUCCCACAACACCAUCCUGCGCCUGAGCCUGGACUACCCGCAGCGGGAAGAGCUGGCCAGCUGCGCCCGCACCCUGGCACUGCAGUGUGCCAUGAAGGACCCCCAGAACUGCGCCCUGUCCGCCCUGACCCUCUGCGAGAAGGACCACAUCGCCUUCGAGACCGCCUACCAGAUCGUCAUCGAUGCCGCCUCCACCGGCAUGACCUACACCCAGCUCUUCACCAUCGCCCGCUACAUGGAGCACCGGGGCUACCCGCUCCGGGCGUUCAAACUGGCCUCGUUGGCCAUGACGCAUCUCAACCUGGCCUACAACCAGGACACACACCCAGCCAUCAACGAUGUGCUCUGGGCCUGCGCCUUGAGCCACUCUCUGGGCAAAAACGAGCUGGCGGCCAUCAUCCCACUGGUGGUGAAGAGCGUGCACUGUGCCACGGUGCUCUCGGACAUCCUUCGCCGCUGCACCAUGACAGCCCCGGGGCUGGCUGGCAUCCCUGGCCGCAGGAACUCGGGGAAGCUGAUGUCCACCGACAAAGCCCCCCUGCGACAGCUGCUGGACGCGACAAUAAGCGCCUACAUCAACACCACCCACUCCCGGCUCACCCACAUCAGCCCACGGCACUAUGGGGAGUUCAUCGAGUUCCUCAGCAAGGCCAGGGAGACCUUCCUCCUGGCGCAGGACGGGCACAUACAGUUUGCCCAGUUCAUUGACAAUCUCAAACAAAUCUACAAAGGCAAGAAAAAACUGAUGCUGCUGGUGCGGGAACGGUUUGGGUGA